UUGAGUGGGAACAGGAAACGGUUCAGGCUGAGAGGGAGAAUCGAUGAGUUGUUUUGUAGUUCCCUAAUAACUUUACUGUACCUAAAAUACAUUUUGAUCAUUUAGUAAAGCAUUUGCAUUACAACUCCUCCUAUAAAAGUCGAAGUACAUUUUUUUGUACUCCUUUAAGACAUAAAAACUGGUUCAGACGGACGAACCAGAUAAAGGAACGUUAACGGCGACCCAUCAGAUAUAUGGUAGUUAUGGUGGCUUGGGGCUGAUCAUGACCUUGUCAAUGUUGCCAAUGGCCGUUCCAGAGACAGAUGACGUUUGGUCACCGGCCACAGUGAGAACGGGACUGGAAAAAGUACGGGAACUCGGACAGCAAGUGAGAAACCGGACGAUCGCGACAGUACCCACACUUCAGCAGUUGAACUCACUGAAAGAUGUUUUGGUCAACGCGUACAGUCGAGAAAAAAACUCUGUUGUCUUGAAGUUUCUAAUGUCAAUGUUUGUUUUCAUAACAUUUGUGACAAUACCGUUAACUGCCAUUUAUUUGUUCGACCCGGAGUUUUUCUUCACAAAUCAAGUCACAGGAAAUCUCCACCACGAAAGAGCUCGCCAUUUCAUGCCUAUUAUACAAUAGCUGUUUUUUAGUAACCAAACUGCAUGCUUCCAAUGGAGUUGACAGGUCUGUUAGAUUAGAAUGGGAAAAGCCGGAAAUAGAAGCCUUCAGGUACGAAGUUGUAAUCUCGUCAGAUAUCUCAGCCGGCCAAGUCAUGGAAGUAGACGGCUGGACAAAGUCUUCUGUUAUCAUCGAAAGGCUGACCCCUGGUGUCCACUACUCUUUUUGUGUGAUAUCAAUUGUCACUGUUGAAGAUGGACUGGAAAUCAAACGCAGUUCUGAGACUAUCAGCAUCAUAACUAGGCCAUCACCACCUGAUUCAAUGACCGCACACAGGAUUCAUGUACUCGGAGAACGUAGUGUAGAGCUGAGUUGGGAAGCAUUGACAGGACAAGUUGAUGGUUACAGUGUGGUGCUGAAGGACUGCAUGGAAGAUGUGGUUGCCGAGGAGACCACCGAGUCACCACACCUGUCCAUAUCACUCGGCAACCAUAGGAUUUCAGCAGCUUAUUUUGUGGAGAUUCGUUCAUUGUCACAUGGGGAGAGAAGUGACCCGCUUACAGAGAUUUUACAAGUUGAAGAAAUUGAUUUAAGGAUUGAAGAACUACAUGCAACAAAGCAGGACACUAAGUCUGUAACUCUGAAGUGGAAACAUCCAGUUUACGGUCCAGCUGACAGCUAUGUAGUACAGUGGGCUCUGGAACAUUCACAUCAAUUCAAUGUCAUCGAUACUGUGGACUCGGACAGGACUGGGAUUUCCGUCACGGGGCUGACGCCUGGAAAAGCAUAUAAAUUCAGGGUGGCAUCUGUCUUUCUAGAUAUGAUGGAGUGUGGACUAGAGACGAGGGUUCUUUCACAGGAUAUCUCGGUAACAACAAAGCCGUUAGGUCCAGAUUCAAUAAGCUGGUACACGAUUAACAUUGAACAUGCAAUGCUGGAGUGGAAGGCACCACGAGGACAAGUUGAUGGUUACAGUGUGGUGCUGAAGGACUGCAUGGAAGAUGUGGUUGCCGAGGAGACCACCGAGUCACCACACCUGUCCAUAUCACUCGGCAACCAUAGGAUUUCAGCAGCUUAUUUUGUGGAGAUUCGUUCAUUGUCACAUGGGGAGAGAAGUGACCCGCUUACAGAGAUUUUACAAGUUGAAGAAAUUGAUUUAAGGAUUGAAGAACUACAUGCAACAAAGCAGGACACUAAGUCUGUAACUCUGAAGUGGAAACAUCCAGUUUACGGUCCAGCUGACAGCUAUGUAGUACAGUGGGCUCUGGAACAUUCACAUCAAUUCAAUGUCAUCGAUACUGUGGACUCGGACAGGACUGGGAUUUCCGUCACGGGGCUGACGCCUGGAAAAGCAUAUAAAUUCAGGGUGGCAUCUGUCUUUCUAGAUAUGAUGGAGUGUGGACUAGAGACGAGGGUUCUUUCACAGGAUAUCUCGGUAACAACAAAGCCGUUAAGUCCAGAUUCAUUAAGCUCGUACAGGAUUGAAAAUGGACAUGCAAAACUGAAGUGGAGGGCACCACGAGGACAAGUUGAUGGUUACAGUGUGGUGCUGAAGGACUGCAUGGAAGAUGUGGUUGCCGAGGAGACCACCGAGUCACCACACCUGUUCAUAUCACUCGGCAACCAUAGGAUUUCAGCAGCUUAUUUUGUGGAGAUUCGUUCAUUGUCACAUGGGGAGAGAAGUGACCCGCUUACGGAGAUUUUACAAGUGGAAGCCCCUUCUAUGCCUGGUGAGGUUGAUAGAAUUGCAAGCACCAUCAAGUCAACAUCAUUUGACUUGAAAUGGAGAGCAUCUGGUGGAAGAGUUGACAAGUACAUUGUGAAGAUUUCGGAUUAUUCUACAUUCGGGGCAGAAUACGAGACUGAAGGUCCAUCUCCAUCUCUACGUAUAGAGAACCUAGAGGUAAACACUCGGUACAAGUUGGCUAUCUUCGCUGUCAGGGACAACAUCAAGAGUGAGCCUCGGACUGAGAAUUUGAAGACAAAAGACAUUAAAGUACAUUGGGGAUGCAUGACGAAAGCAAUUCUGACAGGUGGCAUAGCUAUUGUUGGUGUGUCUGCAAUCGCACCAUUCCUUGGUGCUGUUGGGUUUGGUGCAGCAGGUAUCGGUAAAGGCACGAUGGCCGCAUCAUGGAUGUCCUCUUAUGGGGGUGCGGUAGCCUCAGGGGGGUUGUUCUCUACCCUACAGUCUCUUGGAGUUGUCGGUCUUGGAGCAUCUGCGAAGGCUGCAAUAAUAGCUUCUGGAAUGGCGUUGGGGUGUAUUGUGGAAGUGAUAUGAUGUAGCCUAAAUCACAAUGCUGGAUAAGUCAGGAGAUGUCUGUAUAAUAUUGUUGUCCCAUUUGCUUUUUGAAUUUGAAAGAAUAAGAUCGUCAUCUGUGUUACAUGUAUAAUAUUGAUGAAUUUUGAAGAAAUUUUA